GAGGGACACUGCUCCCACAAACUUGCUCUGGGGAGGAUCUCUGGGCCCCUCUGAGGGGCUCUGGGUCUGUGGUCUUCCUCCACAGAGGUCUUUGCAUCUGGGGUGCAAUGGGGUCUUAGGGUCUGAUGCCCGCCCCCCAACAAUGCCAGAAAAUUUUCUUCUGCAUCUGGAUAAAUGUUCUGUGGGACCUCUUGGAAUCUGUGGCUCCGCAGGCCCACAGGUCUCUGUUUCUGGGGACUCUCCCUGUGGGAUCUUUUGCGAUCAGGACUCCUAAGCAGCACUUCUCCAGCCUGGAGCCCCCUGCUAGCCACAGGCUUUCAGACAAGGGCCUCAUCUGCAGGGUUGGUGUCCAGGCUCCUGCUCAGGUCUGUGGUCUCUGAAGGCCAAGGUCAGCAAGGUACACAGCACUCCAACUCAGGGACAAGGGGGAGGCCCCUCUUCCUUUGGCUGCUGGACUCCUGGCCGGGAUUUCUGCGUCUCCCUAGCUGGGGUGACUUCGCAGAGAUUUGGCUGUGAGCUUGGAAGGGGCAGCUGGCUGCAAGCAGAUUUCUGGGGGAAAUGGGUGAAUGCCUCCAUGAGGGUAAUUGUAGCUGACAGAUGCAUGGGGGCCAUAGGGAAAAUAAGAACAGCCCAGGCUGCUUCGGGCCGAGCAAACAGAUUCACAUCCAGGCCCAGUGUGGGGAGGUGGGAAAGGCAGGAACUUACCCCCGGCUCCUGGGGGAGGCCUACAGAAACCUACCUUGCAGCCCAGGUUGGCAGCUUUGUUGGAGGAGACUUUCCUGGUGCCCCCAGGAACUAUGCUUUUACCUUUGUACACCAAGGGUAUGUCGCAUGUGGUACCCACAGCCCUUACCUCUUUUCACAUCUGUCUCGGCCCAAAAGACAGACUGAAUCUUGGAGCAGGUGGUGAGCAGAGAGAUUGGAUCUUCCUUGUCUCCGGCCUAUAGGAUGGUGUGUGUUUGCCUGUAUGUGGAGCACGGGACCCAGUGAGUGCCCCAUAAAUAUCACCAAAAGAGAAGACAGCCCUCAAGAGGGCGUCUGAGGCAUCACAGAAGCAGUUUGAGCAGGAGCAGUUAGUGUUUUUACGCGUCUCUGGCUUGAGGGUACCUGAGAAGGAAAGUUUGGUGAAAUGGAGAAACAGAUUCUGGAGCCUUUUAUUUAGUAGAAACGUCAAGACUUGGUGGCAAAUGGGAUGUGGGGGGUCUGGGGGGGUGUCACGCACAGCUCUAGCUUAGGCAGUGCCACAGAGGAAAGCUCAGUUACGAGAAAGCGGGGUGCUGAGAGGCAGACAGAACUGGAGGGCCGGUGCUGACUGGGAAGGCCAGUCCUGCGGCUGAGGAUGCUGUCUGGUCCUCGUUCCUCUUGUAACACACCCUCUUCUGGCCUGACUUCCUGGGCAGCGGUCCCUGUGGUAAAAGCUCCUCCCUCUCCGAUCCCACCAAGGUGAAGGGAGCAUGUGUGGGGAGAGGAGAAAAGAUCACAGCUCCAGGUGUGGAGGCUCAUGCCUGUAAUCCCAGCACUUUGGGAGGCUGAGGCAGGAGGAUCACUUGAGGUCAGGAGAUUGAGACCAACCUGGCCAACAUGGUGAAACCCUGUCUCUACUAAAAAUACAAAAAUUAGCUGGGUGUGAUAGCGAACGCCUGUAAUUCCAGUUACUGGGGAGGCUGAGGCACAAGAAUCGCUUGAACCCAGGAGGCGGAGGUUGUAGCGAGCUGAGAUUGUGCCACUGCACUCCAGCCUGGGAGACAGAAUGAGACUCUGUCUUAAAAAAACAGACAGGCUGGGUGCUGUGGCUCACACUGUAAUCCCAGCACUUUGGGAGGCAGAGGCGGGUGGAUCACAAGGUCAGGAGAUCGGCACCAUCCUGGCUAACACGGUGAACCCCUGUCUCUACUAAAAAUACAAAAAUUAGCUGAGCUCGGUGGCAGGCACUUGUAAUCCUAGCUACUGGGGAGCGGGGAGGGGGGAGGCUGAGGCAGGAGAAUUGAUUGAACCCGGGAGGUGGAGGAUGCAGUGAGCCGAGAUCGUGCCACUGCACUCCAGCCUGGGCAACAGAGACUGUCUUAAAAAAAAAGAAAAGAAAGAAAAAAAGAAGAUGCCAGCAACUGCCCCUGAAGUGAGGGGGUGCAGGGUGAAGGGAAGCACAUCCAGACCAUCAGCCGCCCUGGAUGCCUCUUCCAGCUCUGCCCAGGUGGGGAAUAGGUGGGUGUGCUGAGAGCACUUAGGUAGAGCUCCCCCAGCGAGGGCUCCCUGGGGAAAAUGCAGAGAGCUGCAUCCAUUCCCAGGAGGCGGAGGCUGAGCGUGAGCAGCCUUAAUGCACUGCAUUGGUCCUAGGCACUCAGUGUCCAGGGUGCCAUGCCAGACUGAGGCACGAGGUCUUGGGCCUGUGGCAGCCAGGAGGGCACUUUUCUGUGGGAGCUGUCACAUUGAUUAGGGGCCUGCGGGGCUGGAGGCUUCUGCAGUGACAGGCAGUCACAGGCAGUGAGGCAAGGACCCUCUCCUGCUCAUGUCCCCCGAGGCUGUCUGUGGGAGGAAGAUUGGGGGAUGGCUCUCCCCUCUCUGAGCCUCCUAACCAAGCUCUCGGUCAGAGGCCUCCUUUCUCAGCAGCACCCAGCUCCUGGAAUUCUCACUCCCAGCCAUGAGUGAGCCUCCAAUACCUUGGAGGGGCACAGGUGGAGGAAGCAGCAGGAACCCCCACUUUGUCUCCCUCCUCCACCCCCAUCUGCCUCCUACCUGGGAGGCCCUUUCAUUCUUCUUCUUCUUUUGUUUUUUAAGAUGGAAUCUCACUCUGUUUCCCAGGCUGGAGUACAGUGGUGUGAUCCCAGCUCACCACAGCCUCUACCUCCCAGGUUCAAGCGAUUCUCCUGCCUCAGCCUCCCGAGUAGCUGGAAUUGUAGGCACCUGCCACCACGCCUGGCUAAUUUUGUAUUUUUAGUAGAGAUGGAAUUUCACCAUGUUAGCCAGGCUGGUCUCUCAACCUCAGGUGAUCCUCCUGCCUCGGCCUCUCAGUGGGCUGGGAUUACAGGUGUAAGCCACCACACCUGGCUACUUUCAUUCUUCAGGAAUGCAUCUUGAACCCUCUUUCACCCCCCCUUGGCCUUCUUCUCAAUGGGGGUGUGGCACAGAGACCUUCCUCAGAAGAAGGCUGAACUCCAUGACCCUAUGGACCAUCACACACCCCAACCCCCAAAUAACUUUAAGUAAUUCUCCGACAUCUGCAGAGAGACAGAGGUUUGCUGUCCUCUCACCCUAACCUCUGAUGCAGAUGUUGAACCAGCACAGGGCAUUGGGAGGACAGCUGGGCAAGGAGUCAUGAUCUACCCCCAGCCCCACGUGGAGCAUCUGCAGUGUGACAUUCCCUCCUCACCCCGUUAUCCUAGGGACAGAUGAUGACUUUCAGUCCUCACUUUAUAAACUGGGAGAGUGGGGCUCAGGGCCAUUAGGUAAUACCCAAGGCCGCACAGUUGGGUUUGGGUCCUAGGUUUCUGACUCUAUUUUUUUUUUUGUUUGUUUGUUUAUUGAGACAGCAUCUUGUUCUGUUGCCCAGGCUGGAGUGCACUGGCACAAUCAUAGCUCACGGCAUCCUCUACCUCCUGGGCUCAAGCAGUCCUCCUCCCCUAGCCUCCUAAGUAGCUGGGACUACAGGCAUGCCCUACCACACCUGGCUAAAUUUUUAUUUUAAAAAAUUUUUGUAGAGACAGGGUAUAUUAGUCAAUUUUCACACUGCUGAUUAAGACAUACCAGAGACUGGGCAAUUUUCAAAGAAAGAGGUUUAACGGACUCAUAGUUCCACAUUGCUGGGGAGGCCUCACAGUCAUGACAGAAGGUGAAAGGCAUGUCUCACAUGGCGGCAGACGAGAGAAGAAUGAGAGCCAAGUCAAAGGAGUUUCCCCCCAUAAAACCAUCAGAACUCAUGAGACUUAUUCACUACCAUGAGAACAGUAUGGGGGAAACUGCUUCCAUGAGUCAGUUAUCUCCCACUGGAUCCCUCCCACGACACGAGGGAAUUAUGGGAGCUACAAUUUGAGAUGGGAUUUGGAUGGGGACACAGCCAUACCAUACCAUCACAGGGUCUCACUAUGUUGCCCAGGCUGGUCUCGAACUCUUGGCCCCAAGCAAUCCUCCUGCCUCGGCCCCCCAAAGCGUUGGAAUUAUAGGCGUUAGCCACUGCACCCAGCCUCAGGUUUCUGACUCUAAAUUCUUCUUUUAUUUUGAGACGGAGUUUUGCUUUUGUUACCCUGGCUGGAGUGCAAUGGCGCGAUCUUGGCUCACCUCAACCUCCGCCUCCUGGGUUCAGGCAAUUCUCCUGCCUCAGCCUCCUGAGUAGCUGGGAUUACAGGCAUGUGCCACCAUGUCCAGCUAAUUUUUUGUAUUUUUAGUAGAGAUGGGGUUUCACCAUGUUGACCAGGAUGGUCUCGAUCUCUUGACUUCGUGAUCCACCUGCCUCGGCCUCCCAAAGUGCUGGGAUUACAGGCGUGAGCCACCGUGCCCGGCCUGACUCUAAAUUCUAUCUCACACCAUCUCUGAUGCCUGGCUGAGGAGAGAAACAUAUAUUAGGAGCAACUGAGCCAUGUUUGAGAGUGGGGAGGAGUAUGGCCCAGAGAGGACAGGCUGUCCCAGCAGAUGAUUCCACGAGUGACCUGUGGCCACUCCUCUGCCCUGUCCCUUGAUGUGUGCUUAACUAAAAAAUGGGAAGAUGCCAGCCAUCUGGCUAGGGAUGGGGAGAGCAGCUUCUUAAAGCCAACCAGUCCGUCCUCUGUCUCUUGUAGAAAGAACCCAGCCAUCCAAUUCAGAGUGGACCUGCCCCACGGCCCCCAGCAUCUAUCGCAACAUGACACAGGAAGGGAGAGGAGGGGAUUUCUGAAAUGGCUUAAGCUCUGGCUUGCUGAAAUGGCCAGAACUUUGGUCAGGUAGUGCAAGGUAGACAGUACGGGAGACAGGAAAGCAGGGAUAGAGUCAGACUAUAGUGGAUUUCAGGGCCAAGAUGGCUGUAGCUGCACCACAUGUCCCUGUGCCUUCCAGCGGGAGAGGGGUAGUGGUCAGAGUGGCAGGUCAAAGCUGGGCUCCCCUACUCUGCGCCCUCAGACCUCCCCUAGCUCCUGUUCAAAUCAGCCCCUCCAUCCCCUCUCCAAGUCUUUGACUGCAGAAGCCUCUGGCUGCAUCCUGGGCCCCAGAGAUCAAAGACCUUGAGCUCAGGUCAUGCCUGAGUCACUGGCUUGAUGAGCUUCUCACCCCCACUCCCUGCAGAUGGAUUAAUUUCAGUCCCAUCAGGAGGCCCCGGAAGCCCUCCAGCCUGUCCCCUGUUCUUCAGGAUCUCCCUGGGUUGCCGUUUCUUCCCCAGUCACCACCUCCCACACACAUACGGAGGCCUUUGGGUGCAUGCUGCAAAGAAACUGAGCUCCCCCAAAUCCACUGAGAAGUUCUUCUUGCAGUCUGACCUGCCUCUGCUUCCUGCCGCUUAUUCUCCCUUGGUGGCAGGUGACACAAGCCCACGGGCUUCCUGAAUAUCAUCACAUCCCCCUCCCCCAGGUGUGACCCUGACCAUUGGCAUCCCCUUCCCCCAGGACCACCAGGAAAAGCAAGGCCGUCUGGGUAGAGAAUUAGGGGGCUUAGCUCAGAUCCCUGUCCUGGAAGGAGACAAAGAUUCUGUCUGUGUCUCUGGGUGGGUUAAUUAGCUCUGGGCUUGAGUUUCCUUCCUCUCCCCACACAAACAACUCCUCCCCCACAAACCCCUUUCCUAACAAACCUGUUUUCAGGAGCUGCUGCUGCCAGCUCCUCCCAGAUCUUCUUUGUGAGUGUUGGCUGCUCCAGAGAUUACAGGUUAUUGUCUGGUGGAGACAGGAUGCUGAGAGGGUGAGGGGCUAGUACUGGGACCUGGGCUUGGAAUGCAGGACUGGAUCCAGCUGUGGGCUGGCUGCCUUCUUCCCCCACUCCCCCUCCUCCCACCCACCAGGUGCUCAGGUCAGUGAGAGCCAGCUUUUAGGAAGAGGAGGGAAAGGAAGGUGCGAAUAGAGGGGAGAAGAAUGGGGGAUCUGGGGUGGGCACAGGAGGGGUGUCAGCAGUUCUAGUGGGUGUCAGGAGUGUGGAGGCUCACGCCUGUAGUCCUAACACUUUGGGAGGCCGAGGCAGGAGAAUCAUUUGAGGUCAGAAGUUUGAGACCACCCUGCCCAACACGGUGAAACCUCCUCUCUACUAAAAAUACAAAAAUUAGCUGGGUUUGGUGGUGGGCGCCUGUAAUCCCAGCUACUUUGGAGGCUGAUGCAGAAGAAUCGCUUGAACCUGGGAGGUGGAGGUUGCAGUGAGCCGAGAUCACACCACUGCACUCCAGCCUGGGUGACAGAGCGAGACUCUGUUUCAAAAAAAAAAAAAAGGAAGUUGUAGCGAAUCAGAUAGAAAAACUCCCUGCUUUCCUUCCUGGCAUUGCCCAGGUAGCAGAUCCAAGGGUCCAGGCAGGACACUAGACUAACAGUGGCAAGACACCUAGAUCCCUGCUCCCAACCCCACGUGGCCAGUGCUCUUAGAUAAAGUGGCAACACCUCUCUGAGGCUCGGUUUCCUCGUCAGCAUCAGCAGCAUCCCCUUCUAUUUACGGGAUGGUGAAGAGAGGAUGAGUGAGGCUGGGCAGGAACGGGCUCCUGCAGCAGCAAGAGGCAAGAGGGUGGCCGGAGCCGUCCAGCAGGCAGAGCAGGGCAGCAGCCCCUUCCCUGGAGGGCCCUGAGGACAAAGUCAGCCCUUCCAACGUUUGCUUCAGUGUAAGAGGCCCCAGGCAUGGGACUCCUCCGGGAGUGGGCUGUGUGACGGAUGCUACCCGGUACCCUCCCCCAGGUCCUGGUCUGCACAUUUGUCCCCACACUUCUUCCUUGGGGGAAGAACAUGCCCUGUUCUUUCCACCUGCAAUGGGGAUGGGGGAAACCAGAGAAUGGGCAGCUCCUUCCUGGCAAAGAGAGACAGGGCCCAGGAAUGAUGCUGCUUUCCAGACAGAACCAGGAGUCCCUCCCUCGCGCCCUCCCCUCCUGUCCCUCACAUCCCCCCCUUCCCUCUGUCACUCUGGCUGGGUUUCAUUUGCUCCAGGUUCUGCACUCCGCGGUGCCUCCAAAGGCAGAGAAUGCUCUUGGCAGGCCCGGCCUCCAGCGCCCCCAGCCCCCUGCUGGCCUCCCUGCCCCUGCCCACCCGGCCUCUGCAGCCCCCGCUGGACUUCAAGCACUUGCUCGCCUUCCACUUCAAUGGUGCCGCCCCGCUCAGUCUCUUCCCCAACUUCAGCACGCAGUUCCUGCAGUCCCGCCUCCACUCCAGCCAGCACCGACUCCGGACCCUACAUCCAGGGAACCAGCCCACUCAGACCUCUUGGAUGCUGCCUCCUCUUCCUCUUCUUCCUCCUGCCCACCUUGCUCCCCAGAGCCUGGGAGAGAGGCACCGGGGCCUGAGCCAGCAGCAGCUGCCGUGGGAAGCAGCGUGAGUGGGGAAGGCAGGAGCGAGAAGGGGCACCUCUACUGCCCCACGUGUAAGGUGACGGUGAACUCGGCCUCCCAGCUUCAGGCUCACAACACAGGAGCCAAGCACCGGUGGAUGGUGGAAGGUCAGCGAGGGGCUCCCCGGAGGGGCCGGGGCCACCCAAUGUCCAGGGGAGGCACCGGUCACAAGGCCAAGAGAGUGACAGGGGGUCGGGGAGGCCGGCAGGGGCCCAGCCCCGCUUUCCACUGUGCCCUCUGUCAGCUCCAGGUCAAUUCAGAGACCCAACUCAAGCAGCACAUGAGCAGCAGGAGGCACAAAGACCGCCUGGCCGGGAAGCCCCCCAAGCCCUCCAGCCAGCACAGCAAGCUGCAGAAGCACACAGCGCUGGCUGUGAGUAUCCUCAAGUCUAAACUGGCCCUGCAGAAGCAACUCACCAAGACGCUGGCAGCCCGCUUCCUGCCCAGCCCGAUCCCCACCGCAGCCACUGCCAUCUGCGCCCUGCCAGGGCCCCUGGCUCUCCGCCCUGCCCCUACAGCAGCCACUGCCCUCUUCCCGGCUCCGAUCCUGGGCCCAGCUCUGUUUCGCACCCCAGCAGGAGCCGUCCGCCCUGCCACAGGACCUAUUGUGCUUGCCCCUUAUUAGCCCUCAUGGGGAGGCCAGGGUUGAUUUCCCAGUAGCCACUCCUUGUCUCCUGUCCCAAGACACCUUGGUUUCCUACAUGCCACAGGGACUGUGAACAGCUUCAACGGUCCUGCGUACUCCAGGAAGAGCUGGACUAGUUUUAAGGACAGCUGCCCUUCCAAGGACUGUCCCCACCCUCCUUUCCCAGGCCUUCUAGGCUUCUCUGCAUCUCCCACCCUGACAGAUCCCAAAGAUCUAUGCAAAUCUCAGCCCCAGCCACGCGGUGCUCUCAUUUUCCUCCACCCAAGACCUACACCAAGACCCACAUGGCCAGACUCCAGGAAUCUUAGCUUCUAUAAGUCGUCCUCUCCUAGCCGAAGGACAAGUCUCUGACCUCUAAUCCUAGGCUCUGGGGCUUCACUGGAGAUAGGGAUGGGGUCUCUAGCUGGAGCAGGCUCAAGGCUAUCAGGAAAGGUGACUGGGGGGGUAUGGCAGAGGACCAUGGAGGAGAAAGGGGGAUCCAGAAGUCCCUUGAUCAGCAGUGCUAAGGUGGGACAGAGCCAAGGAGGCAGUGGGUUGAUUCUGAAGGCUUUGGGGGCUUCAUCUGCUCUGAAAGGAUGGGACUAGGAGAGGAGGUGUUGUUCUGGUUAGGCCCAGGUGUCUUGUUUGUUUCAAUCUUAGUCUGGGCAUUGAUGGGCCCAGUCUUUGUUUUUUUUUAAGUUUCAUUCUGUCACCCAGGCUGGAGUGCAGUGGUGCUAUCUGGCUCACUGCAGCCUCGACCUCCUGGGUUCAAGUGAUACUCAUGGAUAGGCCCAGUCCUAAUAGUUAGGGAGUAAUUCAUCCCCCGGAGGCUCUCCCUUCAUAGCCUUUCUCUGACUUCAUGAACCCCCGCUCUUGGAGGGCACACGUGGGUCUCCCUCAGACUGUGGACUCAGCUAACACUGAAUCCCCGCAGGGCUCCCAAAGGAAGAGCUUUCUCCUACAGCUUCCCACUCCAAACUGGUCCCAGCACUAAAUUCAGCUUUCCCUUCUCCCAUCCAGCCCCUGCCCCUGUGAAGCUGAGUGUUGGGAAACAGUCUGACAUGCACUUGCAAGACACAUUUUCAUGCUGUCAAUGUCAAUGUCACAAACUCCCUUUCACCUUAGUACUGCCCCCUCCCCACCCCACGGGACCUUGCCAGUAUCCCCCUGUAUCUUUUUUUUUUAAAAGACAUUUCCAAUGGGAGAACCAGAAAAAGGGGGUGGGGGAGGGAAACUUUUUGAUAACAAUUGUGGUUUUAUUGUGUCCAAUCAAUGUUCAUCAAUAAAUGAACUUGAAGCCCAA